UCUCUCUCACACACAUUCAUUCUUUCUGAUUUCUUUCUUCUCUUCAUCCCCCAACAAAUGUCCAUCUCAACUCCCUUUCUUCUCCAUCUCCCUCACACUCACUUCUGUCUCCUUUGUUCAUGCAAGAUCCCAAGAACUCAUCAAACUCAAGGAAACCUUGGUACCAAAGAGCAAUAGAGAUGGCAACGUCAUGGAAAACCCUACCAAAACCUCCUCAAUUUCCCAACAACAAUGACAACCUCUACAAAACAACCUCAAAAACAAAUGACAUCAACCCCACAACAAACUCUACUAGGAAGCUAAGAAAAUGCACAUCUUUGAGGGUGGCAACGUCGUUCACUCGAGUGUGUCUGUGCGCCCCAAUCUCCUCCUACACCGAGGUUUUCCAGGCCGACGUCCCUCCCAGAAGGAGCUACAGCUACCCUAGGUCGAAGCCCUUGAUCCACACGCCACAAGAACUCAGAAGCACCCCGAGUGGGAGGAUGAUAUCGAUGAGCGUGGAAGGGAGGAAGAUUUUUCGUGGAAAAUCGUUGACGGAUGAUGUCUUGAUGAGGAGGUUUGUGGUGGAGGAAGAAGCCAUGAUGCAAGUGAGGAGGAGGAAUGAGAUGGAGAUUAUUAGGAGAAGAAGUUGUGUGAGGAGGAAGAAGCUUGGCCCUAGUCCCUUGAGUAGAAUGGUUUUGGCUGAGGAGGAGGAAUGAUCAUACACACAAUGGAUGUGCUAUAAGUCCUUU